CAAGGAGAAUUGUGUGUACAAGAGAGUACGUUCCUGAAAGCCGCCUAAAUGGCUUCGUUUACGUGCGCCUUCAUUGUUUCGCCGCAACGGAUAUAAGGAAGAGCACGGGAAGUGAUCGCUGGUUUCGUCAAGGUUCUGUCGUUUGUCAGUCCUCGGCGGGCUGCCGCGAGUGAUCACAGUGCUGUCAGUUAAACGGAAAGUUGUGCGAAGAAAGAAGGCGAUCAUCUAAAAUGCUAACUUCCAGCGCGAAUCAGUACCUCCGUCCGGAAUAUCUUACGCCUCUGCCUACUACGUUGGACGCGAAGAAAAGCCCGCUCGCACUCCUCGCUCAGACCUGCAGCCAAAUAGGAGCCGACACGCCGUCUAAUAAAUCUCUGCUGGGCUCGUUGGACAAACCGUCGAGUAACAAAUCGUCGAAGUCCGCGGAUCAAUCGCGUGAAAAAUCGUCGCCGGCUGUCGCGCUAACGUCGACAGAAUCGAGCAAGACCAAUUUCAAGCCGUACGAGUCGUGUUUGGGUCGUGAGAAAGCAUCGAGCCCGGACGAGCAGAGGUCAGCAUCCAGUCACUCGACGUCUGGACGAUCGAGGACACCUGGUAGCGGUAAUAAACGAUGCCCGAGCAAUCAGAGCGCCUCCUCGGUUCGCGCAGUGACGCCGCAAGGUCGGAAAACUGCGACGCCGAACGGCGACGUUGCCCGGGAAUCACCAGCUUCUAGGACGUCGACGGCGAAUCUAUCGUUAGUGCAACACGAAUCCUCGAGUUCAUCGCAACCGGCGGUUGUGAGCAGUCCAUCGUUACAAGCGAAACCCUCGUACAGUCCCGCAGGCGUCUUAGCGAUGACGGAUCCGUCCAUCAAGGAUCUUCCAUUGGGAACGUUCAAGCCGGGCGUCAGUUUGGCCUCUUCGACGGCCGCCUACCUAGGCUACAGCCCGCAGUUACCCGUCGAUGUGAUGGCCAGCUCUUUAAUGUCUCAGCAUCACGCAGCCUUAAAGAACGGCCUGGUAGCUGGAAAUCCGUAUCUGAGUUACGCCCGAUUGAAGAGUGCCUCGGGUGCCGAGGCUCUGAUGCCCGUUUGUCGGGAUCCAUACUGUACCGGUUGUCAACUGAACUCUCAUCUUUUCGCUAGCUCUGCCAGCGCAGCAGUCGCUAACGGCAAGCUGGCGUCUAGCGCUGCCAAUGGAGCCGGUACCUGUCCAGCUGGUUGCGUUCAGUGCGAUCAUAAGUCCGGUACGCCUUAUGGAGCGUUGGGUGUUGCUGCAUACGCUCACGCACAGUUAGCCGCUUUGGCCGCGGCCUCGCAGCUUCCUUACGUUUGCAACUGGAUCGCCGGAGACACCGCUUAUUGCGGUAAAAGGUUCUCCACGUCGGACGAGUUGCUGCAACAUCUAAGAAGUCACACGAGCGUGUCGUCAAGCGGAGCGACGGAUCCAUCGGCGGCGACGUUGUCCCUAUUGUCGCCCUCCGUCGGAUUACCGCCGACGCAUCCUUUGUUCUCGAGAACUUAUCCAACGCCACCUUUGAGUCCACUCGCGACGGCGCGUUAUCACCCUUACGGGAAACCAUCGCCGUUGUUGCCACCGUCUUUAUCGUCGCUGGGUUUACCACUUCCACCACCUCAUCCCCACACACCAGCCGGAUUACCCCCGUAUUUCUCCCCGUACUCGCUGUACGGCGCUCCCCGCCUUGGCGCCGCGUCCGGGAUGCCGCAAUGAGUUCCCGACCACGAACCUUGCCCAUGAUUGGACGCGUAGAAAAGUAUCAAC